AAAUGACAAUACGACAAAGACUAAAGAGGUUAGAUUUUUAUUUGGGUCAGAAAAGUAAAAUUUUCUAUUAAAUUAUACGAAAUUUACUAAAAGAUGAUAAAAUUUUAAAACUUGAAUCGAAUGAAAAUAUGUAUCCAUAAUAAUCACACCAUGUAUGUGAAAUAUAUUAUGUUCAAUUCUAUUUUUAAAACUUAAUCAGCCCAAAUAACAGAUGUGAUAUCAGUAGAUCCUGUUGUAGAGAAAAUGGAUGGGGAAAAAGAUGAUAGAAAGCUCUCUUGGUCUGAGCUUAAAGGGGUUGUCAGUGAUCUUAGGAGACAGCUCUCUAGUUUGUCUACAAUGGUACCAUCAUCUAUAACAUUUAGGACUUUACAAGAUGGUAGAUCUAGGAUAUACUUUCUUAGUACUCCUCAGAAUGGUUGGGAGACAACUCUGUUGUUUGCGGAUGUACCUAAUACGAUUCAACCAACUAGUUUAAGACUCCAGUGGCAAUGUGUGAUAGAAUCAAAUUUUCCAAGUAUUUCAUCUACCAACAAGUUUUCUAGGGAAGAACAAUUAUUAUGGGAAAGAAAACGAAUGACGACCUGGGGCAUAAAUUCUUAUGAAAUUCAUAGUGAGAGUGGUAAAAUUGUUUUUCCAGCUGCCAGUAGUUUGUUCCAAUGUGUUGAUAAUGGAUUAUCAAAUGGUCAACUGUUUCCCACAAAACUUCGUAUGACAGCGUCUGGAGCGAAGAUCAAUUCCCAAAUAUGCCCUUCAAACCCCGAUUUAGUAGCUUACAUUUGUAAUCAUGACAUAUGGGUAACGCACACCGUAUCCGGUUCAAAUGAAAGAUUAACUUAUGCCCAUGUAGGCGGAAGAUAUCUAGCAGAAGAUCCGUUGUGUGCUGGAGUGCCUUCCUAUGUUAUGCAAGAGGAGUUUUCUAGAUAUCAAGGCUAUUGGUGGCAACCCAAAUCUAACGAUGGUGUAUAUAGAAUUCUGUACGAAGAAGUAGACGAGGGCGAUGUAAAAGUAUUUUGUUUUCCUUCUUCUCAAUCCGAUUCUGGCGAUGUGGAAGAAUUCAGGUUUCCACGAGCUGGUUGUGCCAAUUCUAAGUCAUACCUGAAGAUGAUCAAGUUCAAAGUUAAUGAACAUCUUCAAAUUGUGGACGUGUGUAUGUUAGAAAUGCGUUUUUCAUUGUCCGGCCUGUUUCCUUGGAUGGAGUAUGUCGUAAGAGCAGGAUGGACACCUAAUGCCGAAUCCAUUUGGGUUCAACUACUAGAUAGACGACAAGAAAGGUUACAAUUAGUAUUACUGUCUCUUCAAAAUUUUAUUGAAGUGGUUCCUAUUAGUAUUGAUCACGAUAGCAAUCCUGUAGUGCAAGUAAUUUAUUCUGAAGAAUCCGUUAUUUGGGUUAACGUUCACGACUUAUUAUAUUUCUUACCAACUACGGAUAAUAACGAGGUGCAAUUUAUUUGGGCAUCGGAAGAAAGCGGCUUUCGGCACUUAUACUUGAUCUCAGCACAAGUCGUGCCAUACGGAUUAACAGAUACCAUUUCCUACAUAUUUAAACAGCCAAAAAUCUUGUCGAAAGUAGCACUUACCAGCGGGAAUUGGGAAGUGUUAGGACAGAAUCUUUGGGUAGAUAACGAAAGACAGCUUGUGUAUUUUAUGGGUCUAAAAGAAACGCCUCUAGAAAAGCAUUUGUAUGUAGUAUCGUUAAGACGACCUGGAGAAGUCAGGUUGUUGACGCGACCUGGAUUUUCGCAUUCUGUUGAUUUUAAUAAGGAUUGUUCGAUGAUAGUAACGGUAUAUAGCAAUAUUCAAAAACCCCCCGACUGCCAAGUAUUCCGAAUAGUACAUACUGAUUGGACAGUAGAAGGAGUGAAAUUGACACCUUUAGGUUACCUUAUGGAAUCUAUGCCAUUAGUUAGCGAAUGUUAUUCCCCCGAAUUAUUCACGCAUAAGGUCAGUUCGGGUCACGUUUUGUAUGCCAUGGUAUUUAAACCUCAUGACUUCGAAUGCGGGAAGAAGUAUCCAACGGUGUUAAAUGUUUAUGGUGGACCCGAGGUGCAAUUGGUAUCUAAUACAUUUAAGGGCAUGAGGCAAUUAAGGAUGCACAUGUUAGCCGCUAGAGGAUACUGUGUAGUAGCAAUUGACUCUAGGGGAUCUCAGCAUCGAGGUUUAGUAUUUGAAAGUUACAUAAAAAAACGAAUGGGUACAGUAGAACUUAAAGAUCAAGUAGAAGUUUUAAGAUGGUUGAGCGAGAGUCUGCAGUAUAUAGAUUUAAGUAGAGUAGCUAUACAUGGAUGGUCAUACGGUGGAUAUUUAAGUUUAAUGGGUCUAAUAAAUUAUCCAGAAAUAUUCAAAAUAGCAAUAGCCGGAGCACCGGUCACGAAUUGGAGUUUGUAUGAUACGGGAUAUACGGAGCGAUACAUGGAUUUGCCCGAAUUUAAUCCCGAUGGUUAUCACAAUGGGAACGUACUGAAUUAUAUUAGUAAAUUUCCAGAAGAGGAAAAUCGACUUUUAAUUAUCCACGGUCUAAUAGACGAGAACGUCCACUUCUACCACACUACCCAGCUUAUCAACAGCCUAAUAAAAGCCGGUAAACCCUAUCAGCUUCAAAUAUAUCCCAACGAAAGGCAUUCGCUGCGACAUUUAGAUGCUAGUAAACAUUACGAAACUACUUUGCUGUCUUUUCUACAAAACCAUUUGUAGAUGUAGAAAAAAAAAUUAGGUUUGGAACAAAUGUCAGUUAUUUUAAACAUAACAUAUUACAUACACUGCUCCAAGAAAUUCACGCUCCAUUACGCCACGUUAGUAGUGACACCACGCUGAUAUUUUUGUAAAGUUGGUUUCAAAUUCCGAUUGUAAACAGUGGGUACUAAAUAUGCUACUACUAUAUAUUGUGUAAUUUAAUUUUUAAUUACAUAUAAAUCCUAUGUAAUUUUAUUAAUAAACGUGGUUUUAAAGUU